ACAUGGCUGCGCCCAUAAAAGUCAUAUGUUGUUUUUCAGCUACGGCAGAUAUUUACUGUUAGAGAGCCUACUGCAGAUUUUAACAACAUGAUAAGUUGCAUCGGUAGCUCGUGUAGACAUUUCAUGUCAAAACCAAAGCUGACAUGUUACAACUUUCUUCUUUUCUCACGAAACAAGAGUAACAAGAGCUCGAAGAAGGGCUCCAAAAGCAAACGCUAUUCUGAAACACUUAACCUCCCGAAAACAUCAUUCCCUUUAUCCCUUAGAGAGGGAGUGGCCACGAAAAGAGAAUUGGAGAUACAAAAGACAUGUGCGUUUGACAAGUUAUACCAAUGGCAGCAAGAACAAGAUAGAGAAGCGAACUUCGUCCUCCAUGAUGGUCCCCCAUACGCAAAUGGAAAACCACAUGUUGGGCACGCAGUCAACAAGAUACUGAAAGACAUAACUAAUCGCUUCAAACUGAUGCAAGGUUACAAAGUACACUAUGUGCCUGGUUGGGAUUGUCAUGGCUUACCCAUUGAACUUAAAGCUGUGAACCAUCAAAAGGAAUUAUCUCCCCUUGAAAUUCGCAAAAAAGCUGAAACAUUUGCCCGUGAAACCAUCAGUGUGCAGAAAGAGAGUUUCAAACGCUGGGGUGUGAUGGCGGACUGGGGCAGAUGCUACACUACACUAGACCGGGACUACCAAGUCAACCAGUGGGAAGCUUUCUUUGAUAUGUAUGAAAAAGGUCUGAUUUAUGAAGACUAUAUGCCAGUCUAUUGGUCUCCAUCGUCAAGAACCGCUCUGGCAGAGGCAGAACUUGAGUACAAUGACCAGCAUGUCAGCAGAUCUGUGUAUGUCAAGUUCCCAUUGGUCAGUGUCCCAGGGGAGAUAACUCAAUGUGUCGGAUCAGAAUGUAAAGUAUCGGCCAUAGUGUGGACAACAACACCCUGGACGCUUCCCUUCAACCAAGCAAUCUGCUAUGGCAAAGAUAUUCGCUACACGGUAUGGAAGGAUGGCAGUGCAGGGGAGGCAAUCCUGUGUGAGGAACAGUUCAGUGAGAAACUCCGAUCCUUCCUCCCGGACACGUUCCAGCCUGUAGGCUCCGUACAAGGAGAGGUGUUGAAAAACUCCAUCUACACACAUCCCUUGACCGAGCGGAAGCUCCCACUGUUGGCAGGAAGUCAUGUGACCAGUGGGAAGGGAACGGGAUUGGUCCACACAGCACCAGCUCAUGGCCAUGAAGACUUCCAGCUAGCUGUCAAAUAUGGCCUCCCUGUAGAUUGUCAUGUAGAUGAGAGGGGCAGGUAUAUGGACAGUGCUGGUGCUCACCUGGCAGGUAAAACUGUUGGUGACGAUGCAGAUGAUACAGUGUUGAGCCAGCUGGGGGCCCACGUCCUACACCUGGAGGAGUUCGUGCACAGCUACCCCUACGACUGGCGGACCAAGAAGCCGGUGAUUAUACGAGCCAGCAAGCAGUGGUUCGUCAACACUUCCAAACUCAGGGACAGGGCUGUGGCGAGCCUGAAGGACGUGCAGAUCUACCCCCCGAACUCGGAGCAGGGCAUGCUGCAGCAGCUAGGCAGCAGGACGUACUGGUGCAUCUCGAGACAGCGGGCCUGGGGCCUCCCCAUCCCCGUCUUCUACCACAGGCUCACCAGGGAACCACUGCUCACCAGAGACAUAAUGAGCCACCUCCAGCAGCUGCUGAUGGAGCGAGGCCCUGACUUCUGGUGGACGCUGGACAUGGUGGACCUGUUGCCGGACCAUCUGCUGCAGCCUUGUCAGGGUACAAGUGCAGACUACUGUAAAGGACACGACAUCCUGGACAUCUGGUUUGACAGUGGAACAUCCUGGGCAACUGUGCUCAAAAACUGCGGAGGUCAGGCCGACGUGUACCUCGAGGGCAAGGACCAGUAUGGAUGCUGGUUCCAGACAUCGCUACUCACAAGUGUUGCUGUCAAUGACAGACCGCCAUACAGGAACCUGAUCGUCCAUGGUUUCACAACUGAUGAAGAAGGCCGGAAGAUGUCCAAGUCCGAGGGAAAUGUUGUUGAUCCUGCUGUGGUCAUCAAUGGUGGAAAAAACAAGAAAACGUCUCCGGCCUAUGGAGCCGAUGUGAUGCGGUGGUGGGUGGCGCAUGCUCAUCUCAAGACCAUUGUGAUGAUUGGACCCUCGGUGCUGGACCGUUGCGUGGAGGAUAUGUUCAAUCUAAGGAAGAGUCUGCGCUACCUGCUGGGCAACCUGGCUGACUUCCAGCCCUCAUCACACCUCGUGACGUACGACUCCCUGCUCCCUCAGGACCAGUACAUGCUCCAUCUCCUGCACAGCUUCGCCGACAAGGUGACAGCUUUCUACGAUGGAUACAGCUACAACCAGAUACUGCGCCACCUGGAGAAGUUUAUCAACACCGACAUGUCCCGCUUCUACUUCACCAUCACCAAGGACAGAUGUUACUGUGGAGCGAGUGCAUCCCUGCCGCGUCGAUCCACGCAGACCGUCCAGUAUCACCUGCUUGAUGUGAUAGUCCGGUCCCUGGCCCCGAUCCUACCUCACCUCGCCGAGGAGGUCUACCUUCAUCACCCCGGCGCACACCACAUAGACGGUGUGAAGAGUAUAUUCCGGAGUGGAUGGUUCGACCUCCCACCCCAGUGGAACAAUCCUGCCAUUGCCCACGUCCUAGAGCCAGUAUUCACAAUCAAAGACGACAUCAACCAAGUCCUGGGCAAUGAAAACCCUUUAGAGUUUGAUGCUGUCAUCUUUGCUAGUCACGACCUUGCAGAAACGUUAAAGCCCUUGCAGGAGGAGCAGACAUCGACCAACUCACCUCUCAACGAGCUGCUGCAGCUGUCUCACACGUCCCUGGUGGACGCUGUCCCCACCGUCAUCCCUGACGACGCUCACGUGGUGGACGGAGUCUGCAAGGUCCAUCGCAAAGAUGUACAGAGUACGGAGCAGUACAAGCUGAUUCUGAUGGCGUCGGAGCACCACAUCUGCGAGCGAUGCCGCCGUUACACAUCUAGCUCUGCCUCAACACCAUGUGAGAGAUGCCUGGAUGUUGUUGCCGCGGGCUGGGAGGGAUGAAGAGUGAACAAGAAGAACGCUCUACAGUUGUGUGUGCAUUUCAAACUGACAUUUGUGUGUACAGUUUAACCAAACAGUUGUGUGUACAGUUCAACCCAACCCAACAGUUGUGUGUACAGUUCAACCCAACCCAACAGUUGUGUGUACAGUUAAACCCAACAGUUGUGUGUACAGUUCAACCCAACAGUUGUGUGUGCAGUUCAACCCAACAGUUGUGUGUGCAGUUCAACCCAACAGUUGUGUGUGCAGUUCAACCCAACAGUUGUGUGUGCGCAUUUCAAACCAACAGUUGUGUGUACAGUUCAACACAACAGUUGUGUUUGCGCAUUUCAAACUGACAUUUGUUUGUACAAUUAAACCCAACAGUUGUGUGUGCACAGUCCAAAAAGACAAGUGAUCAGUGUUGAUGGAUCUGCUAUUAUCUGCAACAGACAAACCAGUGAUUGAUAUUAUGACACCAAGCCUGACCACCCACUCCAAGUCACCUCUUGCAGCAGGCAUAGGUUGCCAGGGACGUAACUCAGCAUCCCCACAGGGCACUACAAUCUAGUGACUCGAAACUGUAGCAGUAGCAACCAGGUGUUGCAGUAUAGACUGUAUCCCAGUUGAUAUCUGAAGCCACACAUGUGGCAAGAUUAUACUCUUUUGCUGAAGUGGAUACAGGAAGUGGAUCUGAUGCAUCUGCUUCAAAAGCACCUGGAACAAAAUAUACAUUGGGCAAAAUGAGUGAGUGAGUGAGUUAGGUGUAACACCGCUUUUAACAUUAUUCCAGUUAUAUCACGGCAUGUCAGCUUAAUGUGGGAGGAAAGCCUGAAGUGAUGC